AUGUCCGGACUCGCAGAAGCUGAUCAGAAGGAGUUGCAAACCUUUCUCGACGCCGAACAGGCCAAGGCUCGUGUUCAGUCUUCGAUUCACACUUUCACCGACCGAUGCUGGGAUCAGUGCAUCAAGUCAAGCAUCGGAUCUAGCUUUGGUCGUGGCGAAGAAGCUUGUUUGAGUAACUGCGUCGAACGAUUCCUCGACACUUCUUUGUUCAUCGUCAACAAGUUGCAAGAACAGCGAGGACAGAUGUCGUAA